CAAAAAAAGGUAGUUGAGGACAGCAGAGCGACGUCGUGUGGAGCAUGUGAGAGAAGAGGGGAGGGACAGGGGGCAGCCUCAGUAGCUCCGUUGAUAGAUGAAAUGAAAGCCACCUGUGCUGUGCAGUGCAGUGCAGCUGCCUUGUUCUUAUGUUUUUCACUCUUUCUUUGUUUCUUUCUUUCCAUGUUUCUUUCUUUCGAUGAAAACUAUGCGCAUCCCAACCCCAACCCCAUUUAUUAGUAUUCUCUAUAAAUAAAUAAAUAAAUAAAUAAGGGAAGGGAAUAGAAGCAAGAACAGAACAGAACAGACCAGACCCCCCUUGAUGUUCUCAUGAAAUGGCUCCCAACCCCAUGAAUCUGAAUCUGAAUAUGAAGCAAUCUUCCAACUCGGCUAAUACGAUAGCAUCUUCUUCUCAAGAUAUUCUCGUCCGCGAAACCCUCCGUAUCAGUGCCAAUUUGGCCUCAUCCCCUCUCCUCGAAACGCCAACGCCGCCUUCCGUUGCUGAAUCAAUUUCCACUUCUACCUUGACAUUCAUUUGCUGCGAGGAAAUCGAUGGCCGUCGAUGGAAGUAUGUCGCCGAGACUGAUGCCUCUGGCCGAUUCAUGAAGAAUUCCUUUCGUCCUCUCUGCUUGCACACCCCUCAAGCUCCUCUUGAUGAACUGAUGUCAUUCGUUAGAUCCUAUGUUGUUCCCGAAGGUUUCCCUGAUAGUGUCACCCCUUCAUAUGUCCCAUACAUGACAUGGAGGGCUCUGAAGCACUUUUUUGGUGGAGCAAUGGGCGUUUUCACAACUCAAACCCUUUUGAAUUCUGUUGGUGUCUCUAGAAACAGAUCUGCUCCUGGGGCCGUGGCUAUUAACUGGAUUCUCAAGGAUGGAGCUGGUCGUGUUGGGAAGAUGCUUUAUGCUCGGCAAGGAAAGAAAUUUGAUUAUGAUCUAAAACAGCUGCGGUUUGCAGGUGAUCUUCUCAUGGAGUUGGGUGCCGGAGUUGAACUUGCAACUGCUGCAGUGCCACAUCUUUUUCUUCCUUUGGCUUGUGCUGCUAAUGUAGUAAAGAAUGUUGCUGCUGUGACAUCAACAUCAACUCGUACACCAAUUUACAAAGCCUUUGCUCAAGGAGAAAACAUAGGGGAUGUCACUGCUAAAGGAGAAUGUGUUGGCAAUAUUGCGGACCUGUUAGGAACUGGUUUGAGCAUAAUGAUUGCCAAAAAGAAUCCAUCUCUUGUCACCACAUUUUCCCUCUUUUCAUGUGGAUAUAUCCUUAGCUCUUAUAAAGAGGUAAAAUCUGUGGUUUUACAUACACUUAACUGCGCAAGAUUCAGUGUGGCAGUGGAGUCCUUUCUCAAGACAGGACGAGUUCCCACUUUACAGGAGGGCAAUAUGAAUGAGAACAUAUUCAGUUUUCCGUGGAAGGAUCGGCCUGUUGUCCUUGGGUCAAGAAUCAAGGAAGCAUUCCAAGACCCUACUGAAUAUGUUGCCAUACAGCCCCUGUUUGAUAAGGAGAGGUAUAUUGUGACAUAUAACCCCUCAAAAAAUAAGGUUUAUGCUGUGCUCAAGGAUCAGGCAAAGUCAGACGAUAUUCUAAAAGCAGCAUUCCAUGCUCAUGUGCUCUUGAGUUUCAUAAAAUCAUCAAAUGAAAGUAAGGACUCAUCUUGGAAGCAAAGGGAGGAUCUUAGCUCAACUGUGAUGCACACAGUUGCUGAUAUGGAGGCUCGUAUUGCUGAUUCUUGCAAGAUCGUGGCAGAUUCUUAUGGGCUUUUCAGGAAUAAAGCUAAUGAACAGGGAUGGAAAAUGUCAGAAUCACUCCUAAAUCCUGGUCGUGCUAGGCUGUAUCAACUUGAUAACAGAUGAUAUUCUCAUAUGGCUGCUGUUGGAUUUUGACUGCUAAAGUUCUUGGGACUGCUGUGGAUGUGAAAUGAGUCAAGACAACUAAACCUUAAAAUAACCCCUGUGCAAAGAGACUCGCAAUGCCCAAGUGGAAGGAACCAUGCAAUCCUUGAUCCUUACAAAAGACAAACUGAACUCUCCAUAGGAUUUAUGCAUGGAUGACCUAUAACAUUAUGUAGUUAUGGGAAUGAAUUGUUAGCAUGACACCACGUAUUACCACAUAAAUACCAAUGUUCCUUAAUAUGUUCCCCCGCCCCCUUGUGUUGUUGCACUGUACUUUUUAUUUUCUUCUUGGUUUUGUUCUUUAUUCUUUUUGUAGCGGAGAUUAUUCUGUUAUAUGUCCGAUUUUUCAGUUGAGUCCAUUAAACUUGUUAUACAUGUAUAAACAAUAAAAGAUUAAUGUAAU